AUGGCUGUCAACAGGAUAAGAGGCGCAUUUGCGCCCCCGCGCAAGGGAGAGACGUUUGAACUGAGGGCAGGUCUGGUUUCUCAAUAUGCCUACGAACGCAAAGAAGCCAUUCAGAAGACUAUCAUGUCCAUGACUUUGGGCAAGGAUGUCUCGGCGCUCUUCCCUGACGUUCUGAAGAACAUUGCAACUGGGGACCUUGACCAGAAGAAGCUGGUAUAUCUAUACCUCAUGAAUUACGCAAAAUCACAUCCCGACCUCUGCAUUCUCGCUGUAAACACUUUCGUACAAGACUCCGAAGACGCAAACCCACUCAUACGAGCAUUGGCGAUCCGAACUAUGGGCUGCAUCCGCGUGGAUAAGAUGACUGAUUACAUGGAGGAACCUUUGCGGAAAACACUCAGAGACGAAUCUCCAUAUGUACGGAAAACCGCAGCCCUGUGCGUAGCUAAGCUCUUCGAUCUCGCACCCAACAUGUGCAUCGAGAACGGUUUCCUGGAACAGCUGCAGGAACUUGUUGGCGACCCAAACCCCAUGGUAGUCGCAAACUCGGUCACUGCACUGGUAGAGAUUCAGGAGGCAGCACCGGAAACCAAAGCUCUCGUUAUUUCGUCACAACAACUGAAGAAGAUGCUUUUGGCGCUGAACGAGUGUACAGAGUGGGGCAGAGUUACUCUCCUUACCACUCUCGCCGACUACAAGCCAGUGGAUAUCAAGGAGGCAGAGCACAUUUGCGAAAGAGUUGUUCCACAGUUUCAGCACGUCAAUCCAAGUGUCGUCUUGGCAGCCGUCAAGGUUGUGUUCCUGCAUAUGCGAAAUAUAUCUCCUGAGAUGAUGAAGUCGUAUGCGAAGAAGAUGGCUCCGCCACUAGUUACACUCGUAUCUUCUGCCCCCGAAGUACAAUAUGUUGCGCUCCGGAACAUCGACCUACUGCUCCAGAAACAGCCAGACAUUCUCAGCAAGGAGAUGCGCGUUUUCUUCUGCAAAUACAACGACCCGCCCUACCUGAAGAUGCAAAAGCUGGAAAUCAUGGUGCGGAUAGCGAAUGACAAGAAUGUCGAUCAGUUACUGGCCGAGCUGAAGGAGUACGCCAUGGAAGUGGAUAUGGACUUCGUGCGACGAGCAGUCAAGGCCAUAGGACAGGUCGCGAUCAAGAUCGAGAGCGCAAGCGAAAAAUGCGUCAACACGCUGCUGGACCUCAUCAACACCAAAGUCAACUACGUCGUUCAGGAGGCGAUUGUGGUCAUCAAAGAUAUCUUCCGCAAAUACCCUGGUUAUGAAGGCAUAAUACCAACACUCUGCCAAUGCAUAGAUGAGUUGGAUGAGCCGAACGCCAGAGCAUCUCUUAUCUGGAUCGUUGGAGAGUACGCGGAAAAGAUCAACAAUGCCGGCGAGAUCCUGUCGAAUUUUGUCGACACAUUUGCCGAGGAGUUCACUCAAACACAACUUCAAAUACUCACAGCAGUUGUCAAGCUCUUCUUGAAGAAGCCAGAUCAGGCACAGGGCCUCGUGACGAAGGUCCUCCAGGCCGCGACUGCAGACAAUGACAACCCAGAUAUACGAGAUCGAGCAUACGUCUAUUGGCGACUACUGUCCAGUGAUCCCGAGAUCACCAAGGAGAUUGUCCUCUCCGACAAACCCCCAAUCUCUUCCACAAUACGAUCAUUGCCUCCUCAGCUAUUAGAGACUCUGCUUACAGAACUGUCAACACUGGCUUCGGUGUACCACAAGCCUCCAGAGGCUUUCCUUGGACAGGGCAGAUUUGGCGCAGAGGCGAUGCAACGAGCUGCCAUUGAAGAGCAACAAGAAGAAGCAAGAGAAAAUCCGAUUGCAGCGGCGGCGGCAGCAGCAGCAGUCAGUGGACAAGCGCCUUCGAAUGUGGAGAACCUCUUGGACAUUGAUUUUGACGGCUCUGCGCCCGCUUCAAUGCAGAAGCAACCUACACACGGCUCAUCGGGUCUUGAAGGACUGGCAGGAACCCCCCAACGUGUCGCCUCUCCUGCAGUUAACGCGCCUGCUCAACAGCAAUCAAACAUGGACGAUCUGCUAGGCUUGUUUGGAGAUGGAGGUGGUGGUGCCGCAGCACCUGCACAGGCUACGCAGAUGAGCAACGACGAUAUUAUGAAUGGAUUCGCAAGCAUGAGCAUGGAAACAAGCCAGCCCCCUCCACCAACACAGCAACUAGGCAGCGAGCCAAGCAAGAAGAGCAACCAGGACCUGUUGGACUUGUUCUAA